GUUUAGUUUGAUGUUUUUAAAACUUCUGUCGUUGAAAUAUCCGUAUAAGUAUGAUCUAAAUUCGUUUUAAGUAAAGCAGAUAAAAAGCAGCAAAGAUGCCUACGGGUCUUGAGAAGCAGACAGCCCAACGGGCCACCGACUGUGGUGAGACCCCCCUCUAUGUCAGCAAGGUCACUGCUCCAAGAAACCCAAAGCUCCUAAGGGGACCUGUUGAAGAACAAAAGCUGACCCCCUCGUUAUUCAUGAAGGAAAUGGCACAGUCCACCCAUGAAAAACUCGCAAACACACAUGACAUGAGGAUUCCUCAGGUCAUUGAACUCUUGGACAUGGGAGAUACUACACAUCAAAAGUUCUCUGUAGUAGACAUUGAUGAGCCCAUGUUUCAGCCCUUCCCAUCAGAGAUUGUCUUCCAACAGUUUGAGCCGCAUGAAGUCUUUGAAGUACCUUUGCUGCUCAGAAACAACGAUAAAGUGUCUCGAUUAGUCAAAGUGUCUCAGGCCGACUCCCCGUAUUUUAAGAUUGUUAGUCCUCCAGACAUUGGGAACAAGGUUGCACCUGGUAUGGCCAUUGUCUUCAGGAUACAGUUUAUGCCCGCUGAGAAGAAGGACUAUGUACAUGAGCUGAUCUGCAUGACCGAGCGAGAGAAGUUUGUUGUACCAGUCAAGGCCAUCGGUGCCCGAGCCUUGCUGGAUUUCCCAGACCAGGUCAACUUCUCAACCUGCCCUGUCAAGUACUCCUCCACAAAGACGUUACUGGUCAGAAAUGUAGGCAACCGAGAGGCCAGAUUUUCUUUAUAUGUGUCAGAACCCUUUUUAGUUCACCCUGACUGCGGUGUUCUAGCAGUCAAUGAGAGCCUACAGGUGGAGGUGACAUUUAAACCCAACACAGUCGGUGAUCACAAUGAAGAUCUAGUCGUCUCGUAUGAUACAGCUGAAGACGUCUUUGUCACGUUGUACGGUGCGGCAGUUGAUGCAAACGUCCGAUUGGACAAAAACACAGUCCGAAUAGAGAACACCUUUAUCACUAUGGCCAAUCAAAGAUCUCUUACCAUCAACAAUCGCAGCGACGUCAUUGCACACUUCCAGUGGAAACCCUUUGCAACAGCAGAAGAAGAAAACCAACAAAAAGACAGAUUUUGUACCAGCCUAGCAGAUGAAGAGCAAGCAGAAAAUGAUCGCUUUCUUGAGGAAUGUAUGGUGGACAACACUCUACGAGACAAAAUGGCCAUCCUUACUAGAACUUUUCACAACAGAAGAAAGAUGGUAGAAGGUGACAGCAUGUUGUAUUCAGACAGCGCUUUCUCUAUUGAGCCACUAGAGGGUGACAUUUGGCCCAAUUCCAAUGCCGAGAUCAACGUUAUCUUCAAGCCAGAGGAGGCACGUACUUACUGGAGUACAGCUUACUGUGACAUCACUGGCAGGGAGACACGUCUUCCCCUAAGGAUGCGAGGUGAUGGUGUUGGACCCAAGGUGGUCUUCUCAUUCGACACUCUGGACAUGGGGCACAUCUUCAUCCGCUCUACGCACACAUAUGAGGUUAUUCUUAGCAACCAGGGGGACAUUGAUGCCACCUUUAACCUCCUACCCAACCACUCGACCUUUGGCCCUCUAUUCCAAUUCAGUCCCAGUGAGGGCAUUGUUGUCCCUGGUGGACACCAGGCCAUUAAGAUCUCCUUCUCUUCUCCCAUGCUGGGAGACUUUGAUGAGGAAUUCUUCUGCUCAGUCAAAGGACUGCCAGAGAUGCUCAAGCUCAACUUCAAAGGCAACGUGAUCGGGCCAACGUUCCACUUUGACCAGCCUAAGCUCAAGUUUGGAACCGUGUCCUAUGGAUUCAAGAGCACUAGGGUCGUGACCCUUGCUAACACUGCUCUUGUACCUAUGACCUAUAACGUCCGAGUCCCUGGUGAUGGAGGAGGUGAAGUCGUCUCAGCAACCAGUGGUGAAGCAACGCUGCACAGAACCAAUCUCAGCGUCCCACCAAAAGAGUUCUACAUUACACCAGAGAGCGGGACCAUUCCUUCGCAGAGUGAAGUCAAAGUUCAGGUUGAGCUAACUUCAAACACCGUCAAGAAAUACGACAUGUCUCUGGUUGUUGAUGUGGAAGGCGUUGGGACAGAGCUGUUGGCCUUACCCAUUACAGCUAAGUGUGUUGUGCCAGCGAUCGUGGUAGUCACACCCAUCAUGGACUACACAAGAUGUUUUUUGAGUCAUCCCUAUGAACUGAAUACAAGACUCUUCAAUGAUUCAGACCUUCCUGCUAAAUACGACUUGGUGCCACAGGAAGUAGAAGAUUUUAGCCCGAUGCUUUACACCAGUCCAGAGGCAACUGGGAUCAUCCAGCCACACUCUACGGCUGAGAUCCCCUUAGUCAUUAUGCCAAAGGCUCUUGAAGAGAUUGAGUCUUUAGCAGAGUUCAGCAUCUUUGGAAGCAAUGAGCCACCACUGCAAGUACAACUGAUGGCGAUUGGAGAGGGUCCAGUGGUUCAUGUGACACCCACUGAACUUGACUGGGGUCAGACGCCAGUACUGACCGAUGUUAUUAAGAUUGUUACCCUGUCUAAUGAAUCUCUCAUCCCAGCACCAUUCUGCUGUACGCUGAUGCGUCCCAACUCCCUGUGGCGUGUGGAACCAGUGGAAGCUGAGAUUCCACCAGAGGAGAACCUGGAAGUUAAAUUGACCGUCCACCUGGAUGACUGUAUCAGGUUCCAAGACAAGUUGGCCAUAAACUUUGAGAAUAGCCAGACUCGAACCAUCAAGCUUCAAGCUUAUGGACAUGGUACGACCAUCGUCUCAUUCCCACCUAUUACACCUAGUAUUGAACUUGGGCAUCAUUUCAGCAGCGGUCCUUGCCGGCGUAUGUUUACACUGACCAACAGAGGGCGACGUCACCAGCAACUCUUCUGGAGUACAGAGGGAUUCAAUCCUAUUAAACUCAAGAACAAGGAUCCGUAUUAUAACCCACUUGAUGUUAAGUAUCAGAGGAUGCCGCCCCCGCCUCCGCCCCCAAAGCCAGUUUUCAGUAUAACCCCCUCCCGCUUUGAACUUGAACCCGCAGAGAGUAUUGAUGUUGUUGUAGAGGGCCAGUCUGAUACGCCUAAGACUGUGAAGGAGAGAAUGCUCUGCCAUGCCAUCAUCGGUAAGGCCAGCGGCAAGGAGAAAGUCAUGAAAACUGACAUCAGUAUUGAGUUCAUCAGUCCAUUGCUUGACUUCUCCACUAAGCAGGUCAUGUUUAGAGUAGACAAGAGACCUGAUGAUGUCCUAGUAAACCAGCUGGAGAAGUUGACUCUGACUAACGUGUCCUCCUUGCCACUCCACACCAGAGUGGAUCUUGAAGAUCCAUUUGUUAUCCUUACCAAGGAUGAAGAUGAAGACAAAGAAGUCUCAUUUAUGGAUAUACCGCUAGAGGUUGGCGAAUCAUGCACCUUAAUCAUUCAAUUUGAUCCAGCCUACCUAGAUGACUCUUACUCAAGAGUGGCUGAGAAGGUACUAACAUUCCGCUACCAGGAACACCCUCACAUUGACUAUGUAGGUCUCCGUGGUGAGGUCUACUUCCCCAACCUGACCUUUGAGAAGAUGGAUGUGGAUUUUGGCUGCAUCCUCAACGACACCGAAGUCACACGUUACGUCAAUAUCACCAACAACAGCCCCAUGCCGGUGAAGUAUCGCUGGUCCUUCCUGGAACCCUCUAAUCCCAUUGUCAUUUACCCUCAACCCCUCCCUGAGGCUCUGAUGGGAGGAGAUGGGAGUGGUGGGGAAGGGGAUCAGCAUGUUGCCUUUGAGGAGCCGUGUGAGGAGACGGAGACAGACGGAGCAGAGAAAGGAAUGGAAUCUGAGGAACAGGAGAAAGAGAAACCUGUCGAGACCCUCUUGGAGGACAUCCCAACCACCGUCAACAUCAAACUCCCUGAGGAGAGCGUAAAAGACACCACGUCUGUCAAAAUGAUCCCAGAGGACACCAAAGACUCCAUCAUCCAUGAGGAGAAACAUGAGGAGAAAUCCAAGAAGUCUCCCAGGAAGACACCAAGGAAGACGACAGGGAAGAGUCAAGGGAAGUCUUCUCGGUCAGGGAAGACCUCUGUCAGUGAAGACAGCAAGAAGAGGAAGGAGGACAAAGCAGAGAGAGGAGACGUGGAGACGCCUGGAGAACAGAUAUUAAGCAUAGUAGACAUGUCAUCAGUGGUUGCUGAUGACCAUCUUGCAGAUGACAGGCAGAGUAUGGGCAGUCGUACCUCUCUACGCCCUGCCAGUGCCAGGCGCAGACGACAGGCUAAGCUUGCCUACUUCCAAGCCAUCACUGAGCCAACAGUCGUUGGCAUUGAAGAGGUCUUUGAUAUUCUACCCCUGUAUGGUAUUCUGAUGCCCGGUGAGUCAGAUAUCACAACCUUCACCUUCUAUGGCCAUACAGAUAUAGGGAGUGAAGCCAAGGCCCUAUGUAAUGUUGAGGGAGGACCCUGCUACGAGUUGUCACUACGAGGCGAGGCCUCCAUUGUGCAGUAUGAUUUUGACACCAAACACAUUGACUAUGGAAAACGGAUGUUUGACCAAGUUGCUGAAGCAGAGAUUGUCCUUCAUAACACUGGCAAGGUUGGUUUUGACUUCCAAGCUAUCAAUAUGGAUCCCAGCACAGGUAGACGCCCAGUACCAGGCUUACCAGUUAUGAUUCCUCAUGCGGGUCGCAUUGAGGCACUCCAGGAACUUAAACUACUUGUCAAGUUCCUUCCAGGUGUUCCUGAGAAGUUCCACAAGAGUUUUGAUAUUCAAGUGGCUCAUUUUGAGCCAGACACCAUUAACCUCUGCGGGGAGGGAGUGUUUCCUCGGAUUUCUCUGGACCUCCCAAGGUACGGUGAUGAGGAGGGUCUCUACACCUCCUUACUGAAAGAGGCCAAGGAGACCCUUGGUAGAGACACCCGUAAAGGUGGCAAGUCACUCUUUGGAGGAACGACCACAGGGUCACCAAUGCCCUCCUUGACACCCAGGGACCCAUCCCAUGAAGAUGCAAAGUCUAUCCUUUCCAUGCAGAAUGAGUUUCCAUCAGAACUGGAACUGCAGAUGGAAGUGGAGCGUCUGGUUGUGAAAGAGUUUGCCUUAGAGAUGCAACAGAGUAACAGCUCCUCCAACCAUGAGUCCAAUAUGAACAAUGGCCCAUCAAGACCUACCUACAGCAAGACACCCCGAACAUCAAGGGCAAAGAAGAGUACCAAAAUCAAGGCUCGCUUAACAGACUACCUGUUGGACUUUGGCUAUGUUGUCCUUGGUACAGUGCGUACCCAUAUUGUCAGAGCCACAAACACAGGCUACUUCGCUGCCUCAUUCUCUGUUGACCGUGCCAGCUUGGCAGGGUCUGGGUUCAACGUGGAGCUAGAUCGUGUUCGUCAACUACCAGGUUACCCUGAGCAUGAGACGGUGGAUUUUAGGGUCAGCUUUGAUCCUCGAGGGGCCAAUCUUGGGCUCGGUGGCAUUCAGGCUAUUGUCCCAAUAAACAUUGUGAAUGGUCCAUGUGCUUCCCUGAGGUUAAGGGCCAGUGUCACCAUGCCGGAUAUGCAGAUAUCUACUGAUUCCAUGGACUUUGGCCCAGUCCAGUGUGGUCAAUGUAAGGUCAUCACCAUACAGCUUCAUAACAACCAGCAUGUCAAGUGUGAGUGGACUUCUCUACCAACAGACAAAGAGAGAAAACUGAUUGACAAACAUAUGCCAAUGCAUCUCCGCCGUAAGCUACGGCCAGAAAAAGCACGGCCAAGGAACUUUGAGAUGAUGCCCCCAGUAGGCAUGCUGCUGCCUGGUCAGAGAGUCAACGUCCAGGUCAAGUUCAUGCCAACUGAAGAGAAAGUUUACGCUGAUCGUAUAACCAUUCGCCUGAGCCAGAGCAGCCAGCGACUGACCCUGAUGGCCCAUGGUACUGGCUUGGAACCACGCAUAGAGUUCAGCCAGUCCCUACUGGAGUUUGAUCCUAUCCUCCCACAUAGCUUUGGGGAUGAGGUAGACGUAGUGGUCAAGAACCCUUGUUCCUUUCCAUUGGAGUUCUACUCACUGGAGUUUGACGAUCAGUACCUUGAGGAGGAAAAGGUGCUCCGGAGUGUGAAGGGUUACGAUGAACAUGGCACGAUCUUACUCCCUCCUCGUGUCCCAGGAGAGAAGCUUGCCUCUGAGCUAUUAGAACAUUAUGAUGAGUUAAAGAAGGCUGCUGAGGAAGAGGAGAAGGCUAAGGCUGAGGCUGCUGCAGCUGCUGCUGAAGCUGCUACUGGUCAAGACGCCGCUGAAGGAGCUGAAGGUGCCAUCGGGGUUGACGUGACUGCACCAGGCAGCUCCUCAGAGGAUGUUCAGACUCACAAAGGGAGUUCCAUUCCAAUGGUCAAGGGUCCACCAUCCUCUCCCACUGCCAGCCAAGAAGGCGACAAGAAGGGUGAGAAACCUGCCACGGAGGGUGCAGAGGAAAGCAACAAACUGCAGCUGCCCAAGAACGAGGAUGAACUCCAAGAUAAGAAAGAUGCAGCGAGUAGCGUAGGAGUGGGUGAGCUACUUGAGAUCACACCAGUAUCUGCUGCCAUCGCUAGACAUCUUGGUAUUGACCUUACACCAGAAGGCAAAGCUUCCAUGAGACGUAGAGGAGUGUCUAUAGUGGUCCAUGGUGCACCCAUGUCUGGAAAAACCUCUACAGCGAUCACUCUUGCCAAGUACUAUGAGGCGGCCCUCCUCACUGUGGAUAGCGUUGUCUUGGAGUCCAUCUCCAAUGGAAAUACUCCAGCAGGCUUACGAGCCAGAGAGCUUUGUGCCCAGGCAUCCAAGGCUCAGCUGAUGAGGGAAGGGGAAGGGAGUGAGGUAGCUGGGGGUGCAGUGGCAGGAGCUGGGGGACUGAGUGUGGAAGCCGUAGCCGCUCAUGCCAUGGGACUUGGAGCUGGCUCAGGUUCAGUCAGCAUGGCUGGCGGUGGUGCCCACUCUGUCAUCAGCAACCGCAAGACCAGCACAAUCUCCGGCCACAAGCCAGCCCACAGCACCGUGGGUGGCGAGGCAGCUCCAGGCCCCCCGGAUAAACCAGAUAAGAAGGACAAGAAAGAGAAGAAGCAGGAUGGGGACAAUGCUACCCAGCUGUCUGGUAGCCCUCCGCCAGCCGCUCCCAUUGCGAGGAGGCUGAGUGUGAGUGCCAGUGUGGCUGGGGAGGAGGGUUUGAUGAGCUGCCUACUCCCUGAGGACCUACUGGUGGAGAUACUGGCUGAGAGAUUACAGCUGAAUGACUGUCAUCGUGGGGUUGUCUUUGAUAGCUUGGAAACCAUCUUCAGUCCCAAUCACACAGCCACUGCUAACGCCCUACUAAAGGCUUUUAACAACCGUAAAUACAUCUAUUUUGUGACCAUGAAACUGGAGCAGUCUGUCUUCCAGGCUAGGGAGAAGAGACUACUGGAAGAAAAAGAACGUGAGGAUAAGGAACGUGAAGAAGAUGAGAAACGCCGUCUUGAAGAAAUGUCAGAAGACGAGUACGAUGAGCUUACUGAAGAAGAGAAAGCUGACGUCGACCGCAAACGUCUCAAGGCCAAGAAGGAACGUCUCCUGAAGAAAGAAAUGGAAGAGCGUCUUGAAAGAGAACGUAAGGAACGUGAGCUUGCCGCUCUGCUGGAGGAGAAGAAAGUGGAGGAUGACAAGAAAGGCAAAAAGAAAGGCGCCAAAGGCCAGGAGAAAGAUGGCAAGGGAGCUCCCCUGAAGAAAUCCCAAGAGGGUGCCAAGGCUGGCCCUACAGCAAGCCAAGCUACUAUGAAGAAACCACCUAGUGAGCAAGGUAGACAUGAUCAGCCAUUGUUACCCUCUGAGCAUGGCCUUAAGGCAGGAGCAUCCUCUGUUAUGGAACGGCCAGAGUCACACGGCACUGCCGGCAGUGAAUCACAAGAAGAAGGUGGAAAGAAACGCAAGAGAGAGAAAGGUCGACCAAUCUCCAAUGAGGUUGCCUUGGAGCCAGAACCAGAGAAGGACCCAGCUAGAGAAGCAGAGCUCCUAUUGACUGCACGCUUCAAGGCCUUCGAUCACGGUCUGAAAGAAAUUGAGAAGAUUCUGGACCGCUGGGAUCGAACUAUUGGACAAGUUGUCAUUGACCCACUGGCCGAUGAAAUGGAGGCUGAGGAGCUACCUGCACACCCUCCCUCUGGAAGGAAGGGUAAAAGCAAGGCAGAAAAGGAGAAAGAGAAGGAGCGAGAGAAAGAAAGGGAACGGCUUGAGAAGGAACGCUUAGAGAAAGAGAAAGCAGAGAAGGCUGCAGCCGAGAGCGGUGAAGAGGGUGAAGAUGAGAAAGAUGGCAGCAAGAAGGAAGAAACGGGUGUACCUCACAUCCUCAUGGAUGCCAGUGAACCCGAUACCCAGAUGGGCGACAAGGUCCUAACCCUUGGGCGUCUCCCUACUGCUGCUGAGGUCUUGGAUGGUUUAGGACUUGGCCCCAAUGGGCCACCAAUACCCCCAUCGGCAGCCUUCUCUGUUGUCCCUUACCCUGUCAAGAGGAAAGCACCACUUGGUUCUGAUCCUUCAGGUCAUUACAUCUUUGUAGCUUCUUCUCCUGAUGACCCGAAUGUUAUUCCAGAGGAAAAGGCUAAGGAAGUUGAAGUGGAGCCAGAUUCGUCAACUCCAGACAAGGGCAGAGAAAAGGACGACCAUACAACCCCAACAGGCAAAGGAAAAGGCAAAGACAAAUCCCGUACAGGAGCAGAGAGUGUAAACUCAAGACGUCGCUCUGCCAAAGGCUCCCGCAAUCGCAAGGGGUCCUUAGUGGUCACCUCCCCACCCCCAGGCACCACUACACCAGGAUCAGACUUUGAUGGUCAGAGUAGCACAGCUGGGGAUAUGUCAGCCAUGCAGGAACCUAAGAAUCCCAAGCUGGGGAUCUUUCGCUGGAGCAUCCCAGCUGAAUCAGAGAUUCUCCUAAGACUUCGCUUCCAGUCUGACGAGCUGGGACAAUUUGAUCAGACCCUUAAUUUUGAAAUCAUUGGGACUCGUCGGCGAUACCAGUUGUACUGCCGGGGUGUAUGCUCCUUCCCAAACGUCAGUCGUGAACCAAGAAUUGUCUUCCCACAUCGUAAGAAGAGCAAACGCGCCGAUGAGAUUGUCCACAAGAAGUAUAUUCUAAGCUCAGAAACCCUUCAGAUGGGUCCCCUACUGGCAGGAAAGUCUAGGGACCGCUAUAAGGAGUGCAAGUACCCUGAGAACAUGGAGAAGCUAACCAUCAAUAACUCAUCUCCGCUGGAUGCUGAAGUAACCUUCUGCUUUCAGCAUGAUGGUAAUGCCACUACAUUCCUUAUGGAUCCACCAGCAAUGUCACUCAAACCAGGAGAAUCUCACGAGUUGACCCUGUGGGCCUAUCCUAAGAACCAGGGUUUCUUCGAGGACAGCAUCGUCUGUUGUGUCAAGGAGAAUCCAGAACCAAUACUCUUCAAGAUUAGUUGCUAUGGAGUGCGACCCGAGCUGGAACUGGACAAAAAACAACUUCAUUUUGAGAAAGUUCUUCUUCACCGGAAAGACACAAAGACAAUCUACCUUCGUAACAGCACCCUCCUUCCCGUGGCUUGGCGCACCAGUGGGCUUGAGAAUCUCGGUGAUGACUUCUCAGUGACAACAGAUACUGGGGUCAUUGAUCCCAAGUCUGAGUUUGCUUUGAAUGCUCACUUCAGAGCAAUGAGACCCACCAAUCUCAAGAAGAUGAUCAGACUUGAGGUAUCUGAUGUUGAGAACAUCAUGGGUCUUCUACAGACUGAGAAUAUUCAGGUGUUGGCCGAGGCGUAUGAUGUAGCCCUGGAUAUGAGCUUCCCUAAAGGGGCUGAUGGAGGAUUGGACUUUGGUACUAUCAGGGUUAUGGAUGAGACCAAACAGACGUGCUCUCUCAAGAACAAGGGACGAUAUGAAAUAGCCUUCAGCUUCAAUUUUGAGACGACCGAGGUGAGUGGGCCGGAGAUCAUCAACCUGUUCUCUGUGAUCCCUCAGAAGGGUGUUCUAGUACCCAAUGACCGACCCACACAGGUCCAGGUUAUCUUCAAGUCUCGCAAGGAAGUCACCAUCAGGGACCAACCUAUCCUCAAAUGUCAAGUUAUUGAGCCCAACAUCUCUGACAGCGGCGAGACAAUUGCCAGCAUUCCUGUCAAGCUCAGCGUACGUAGCAUCUUCAGUAAGUACAACGUGUACCCGAUCAGUGACAUCAACUUUGGCGCAGUGCUGGUUGGCCAGCGGCGCACUCGAUCCUUCAUCAUCGAGAACAAGGGGGAGUUUGAUUUUAAAUAUACUGUCAACCGUAUGAGCCGUGACUCGCAGCCAAUGCAGCCCCUGCUAAGGGGGAGAGUUGGAUCUCGGGCAUCAAAAGCUUCUUUCCAGUUCCUGAGGCCCGGUGGUAACAAACGUAGUAAAUCAAGGGAUGGAUCUAGCUCAGGACGCUCUGUAGCUAAACCCAAGAGGGCUGACUCAAUGAGGCAAGAUAUUGGUGGUGGUGGAGGCGGUGGUGGUGGAGGUAGCACCACAAGGCUUCAGCUGGGAAUGUUUACCGUCUACCCAGCGUAUGGUGUUGUGUAUCCAAACAACCCACAGGUCAUACAGGUAGAAUGUCUACCGGAGAUGACUGGCAGAGGAGAUGAGGACCUUGCAAUUGAGAUCACAGAUCGUGAUCCUGCCGAUCAUCCACAGGGCAUUCCUUACAAGAUCCUAGCUGAGGCUUGUAGUCCAGGCAUCAAUCUGGUGGACCUGGCCUCCAUCUUUGAGGAGCACCGUGUCGUUAAGAACCUCAGUGUUUUCCUCAACAGCCACCAGCUGGAGCUGGAUGGAGGCGGGGUGUAUGGAGAGGAUGAAAACAAGUUUAUCUUUGGCCAUGUGCUGGUCGGACGCAAAGUCAAAGCGCGGUUCAAGAUCUCCAAUGCCAACAAGGUGUCAUGUGACGUUCUCUUUGCAUGCAAGCUGGUCACAUCAAAGCCGUCCUCCAAACUGCAAGACAUUUUUGAGGUAGAGCCAUCCAGGGCUUCCAUCCCAGCACACAGUCACGUCUACGCCAUGGUCACUUUUGGUCCACCAUCCAUGCAGACAUACACUGGUCAGUUUGAAGUCAUCUUGGACGGGGUGAGUGGAGCCGUGGCCAAGCAGAAGAACCUAUCCUUCGAGGUCCAGGGUGAGGGAAACCUCCCUCGUGUGUCAAUCCAGAAGCCGUCCAUACGCAACAAGAAAGGGAGCCCUCUAUUGUUGUUCAAGAGAUUGCUGCUAGGAUCAACGCAGACGCUGCAGCUGUGCCUUAGGAAUGACGGGACAUUGCCGAGCAAGGUUGACAUUGAUUUGACUGAUCCGAAUGGAGUGUUCAGCCUUCAAAGUUCACCAGAGACAAAACUCAUCUAUCCAAUGCAGGGAAAUAUCCAGACCUAUCUAGACAAUGAGGGUGAAGAACUGAUUCGCCAUCCUCAUACAGCCUCCAUCAUUGUCGGUGUUGGUGAGGAGUCAACCUUCCAGGCAGUCUUCAAGCCGGACGUGGCCCAUCGCUUUGAGGGGUCUAUCCGAGUCACCGUCAUGGAUAAUCAGUAUGAGGACCGAGUCAUUCAAAUGGUUGGUGAAGGGUAUCAGGAUGAAAUUACAUUGGAUAAUAUACACAGCAUACCAGCCGAGGAGAACGUAGAGGCACUACUAGAAAACGACAAUCAAGUCUCAGCUGUUGCAUCCAAUCAUAUCCAUUUUGGCCACUGCCACAUCGGGGAGUCCUAUCAGCUGACUUUCACGAUGACCAAUCACAAUGCGACGGAUACGGUGCGCUUCCAGUGGCCAGAGCACCCCCAGUUGAAAUUCUGUCCCUCGGUUGGGCACCUUCACGGCGGCCUGGCCAAGGAUAUUGCAGUCACCUUUAAGACGGAUUCCGCCGUUGGUCUGCAGGAUACUGUGAUCAAUUGUAAAGUCUGCAAGAUCACAUUUGAUAAGCCGGUGGAUCAGGUACCUGACUGGGACGAUAGAUUGCGUACAGUCAAGUGGGUAGACAUCCCUGUGGCUGCUCUACGACCUCCGACCUCGGGUGACACCCCGGGGAAUCGCCCAAAGUCUAACCAAGAUGCCAAGAAGGAGGAGAAAGAAACCAAGAAAGAGCACAGGAAGGGCGGGGCUAAGGACAAGGAGGCGGCUAAGGAGGCGGCCAUGGAACAGAUGGAUAAGGAGAAGACAGAGGAGGAGUUGAGACGGAAGAUAGCGGCGGGUGAGAUAGUCAUUGAGGUCCCUAAGCCUGCCAAGAAGAAGGUUGUUGAGACUGAACUCGAGCCGACCAACACCCCAUUGGAGGACACAACACGCGACGUUGAACUUCGCGUCAGCGCGAAUGCAGACUAUGCCAAGUACAAAUGCAAAACUGAUGUCAUUCACUUCAAAGACACUCUCAUGUUCCAAACAAGACAGUUUGUCUUCCAGCUGACCAACAAGGGCACAGUACAGCUCUCUUACAACUGGCAGGUGGUAAUGGAAGACGAGAUUCUGCGCCGUAAGUCAGUCAGCUUUGCUGAUGAGGACCAGAUGAGAUUACCAUCACGCUGCAGCACGGCAGCUACAGAUCUCAUGGAUGUCUAUCCAUUCACAGUGAUACCUGAGAUGGGAACCGUUGGAGUCGGCAAGAAACAAAACUUCACUGUCAAGUUUGCCCCACUGGAUAUGCAAGACUAUGAGGGACGUCUCAUUUGCAGGGUCCCAAAUCUUGAAGAGGGUAAACAGGGACCAGUGAUCUCGCUCCGCGGUCGUAGCCUCAUGCCCUACUGCCACUUUGAGCUAGAAGACUCUGACUACGUCACUGGUUCCCGUCGCAACCCGGAGCUUCGUGGUCCAGGUGGUUCGCCCCCAGGAGCUACCCUUGACCCCAACACCCGGGUGAUUGAGUUCACCUCGGUAGGCAUCCAGGUGAAGAACCGCAGGAGUUUCUACAUCAUAAACCCGACCAACUCUCAGUAUUCAUUCGUCUGGAAUUGUGAGGACGAGGAAGAUCCUAAGAUAGUUAAGCAGUUUAGUUGUGCGACAACAAAAGGGUUCGUGGCGCCAGGUAAAAAGACUGAGAUCAGCUUUGACUUCACCCCAUCCCAGCUGGGCAUCGUUGAAUCUUUCUGGCGCUUUACCAUCCCUGAGCAGAACAUCCUCGUUCCAUUUCUCCUGGUGGGUGACGCUAAGGAACCUGCUGUAGCCACUGAUCGAUCACACAUCAACUUCAAGUCAUUACUGCUAGGUAACCAAGCUAAUGAGAGGAUUCAGCUAAUCAACAAUGAGAGUCGACCUUUCACCUUUGACAUCUCUGAAGCCUCAUGUCACUCUGAGGCAUUCUCAUCCGAGUUAAGCGUUACUCCUAAGGAGGGAAUCAUUCCACCGUUCGGAAGGAUUCCAAUCGACGUCUCCUUCACCCCUCAUGAAGAGAAGGUAGUUAACUUCAAUGUAGAGAUCAACAUCAAGAAGAAGACGCUGCCGAUCUACCUGAACGUCAAGGCCGAAGGCUAUUCCAUGAACGCAAAGGUCCUCUGUGAAGAUUCCACUGGCAAGAAUGUAGAGCUGUCCUCUUGUGGAGUUAAUGAGAUCAACUUUGGAGAGGUGGAAGUAAAUGAGAAGGCAGUUCGUUCCAUCUUCAUCGUCAAUGCUGGGAAGUUCAACUUUGACUAUGAGUGGUCAAUGAAGGAGCGAUCUGGCAAGGCAAUGAAGAUGGUCAGCAUCUCCCCAGAGACUGGGUCUGUACCAUGCAGCGACCGCAAACGAUGUGUUCUGGCAUUUAAACCACCCCACAAGACAUCGAUACGGGGAUGUGAAUUUCUGCUGAAGGUGACUAACGGUCCCAGCUACCAGAUCACUUUAGCUGGUCAAGGAGUGGCCCCGGGUCUUCAUUUCUCCUUUACCAAGUUUGACUUUGGGCCUUGUUUCAUCCAUCGAGCUGGAAUGCCUACCUUGUCCAACCUUCUGACAGUCACCAACAGGGAUAGUAAGGCUAUCAGCAUUGACUGUCUGUAUACCAGUACGUCCCAUCUGGAGGUGCAGUUCUCAGCGUGUGUGUUGCAGCCAGGAGAUAGUCGGGAUGUUCACCUCACUUUCUACCCACGAGAAGCCAUCAAGUACAGAGAGAUGGUCAUCUUUGAGCUCAAUGGACUGUCUCGUACUCAGGUGGAAAUUCUUGGAGAGGGAACAGAGAUGAGGGUGGAAGUAGCCAAUCCCAAGGAUAGACUGGUCAACUUUGGUGCCCUCCGUGUCGGCGAGUCAAUCAAGCGCACCGUCCCGGUGAUCAAUAACAGCCCUGCCCCUCUUUCCUUCACCGUGGUCAUUACGCCCCUCAGCUCUAUCCUCCAACAGCUGCCCAAUGUCCUCUCUCUGGCCCCUACCAAAGAGAUAUAUCUCAAGCCAAAGGGAGGCACUUGCAACCUGGAUCUUGUCUUCACGCCAAAGUGCCGUAUUCCACAAUUCACCGAGGAGGUGAUGUUAGAAUGUGCUGGCUUAUCACAACCAUUGUUUGUAGUGGCCGGCUCUUGCCAGGGGAUUGACAUCAGCCUUGAUCAGGAGUCCAUACCAUUCGGUGCCGUGGUACAACGUAGCAGCACUACGCGCAAACUCCUCAUGUAUAACACAGGAGACAUAGGAGCAGGGUUCAAGUGGAACAGUGAUAAGUUUGGUCCAGACUUUUCAAUCAGCCCAACGGAAGGUUAUAUCUCCCCUGGUAUGACCGUACCACUUGAAGUCACGUUCUUCCCGAAGGAGCUCAGUCAGGAUAUCCGAUAUGACAAAUUACGCUGCCACAUCGAAGGAGGGCGCCCCCUACGCCUUGUCUUGACGGGGAUGUGCGUCGGCAGCCAGCCCCAGAAGGAGGUCCUCCACUUCAACACGCAUGUCCGGGUGAAGGACACACGCAGUCUGACAUUGCACAACCGCACUAACCUACGCUGGGAGCUGCGACCGGUGAUUGAGGGCGAGCACUGGGCUGGAGCGGACACUAUAGUGCUAGAGCCACAGCAGAGCAAGCCCUAUGAGAUGACCUAUAGACCUCUCAUCAUGACAGCUGAGAGCAAGAAGCAUACGGGGACAGUGUUCUUUGCACUUCCUGAUGGUUCAGGUCUCCUGUACAAUCUGACUGGUGUAUCUGAAGCACCUAAAGCAGCAGGUAGCAUCACUAGAGAAGUACCCAGUAAGACACAGUAUACUGAGCAACUAUCUGUCUCUAACUGGCUCAAGAGACCACAGAGAUUCAAAGUCCUUAUUGAGAUGAUCAAACCAGACAAGCUGGAUACAGCAACAACCCUGAAGGGUCUGGAUUACAUUGAUGUUCCUGGCUUGAGUAAGAGAGAAUAUAAACUAAACUUCUUCUGUCAUAAGGAAGCUUCAUACUCAGCUAAGGUGAUCUUCCGCAAUGAGGUAACCGGUGAGUUCCAAUUCUAUUACGCCACAUUCAAGAGUACCGCACCCGGCGUGAUUGACACCAUUGAGAUGACAACACCCGUACGGCUCAGUACGUCUCAUACCAUCUCAUUGGACAACCCUCUCAAUCUACCGGUGACCUUUACAACCAACUGCCCCGUUGCUGACAUUAUGCUCCCACCUCAACUUGUGGUGCCUCCUCAGUCAGAGGGAUCUCUGAGCUUUGAGUUUCUACCCUUGAAGACCGGAGUCACCAACAGCAAGUUGCAGCUGAGUAGCGCAGAGCUUGGCAUGUUCCAAUACGACCUUCAGCUCACAGCGACUGCAGCAGGGCCAGAGAAGGCGGUGUACUUCAGGGCGCCGCUGGGUGGCGGGCAGCAGCAGUCGGCACACUUUGUCAACUUUGCCAAGCUCAAGACUGAGUACACAUGCAAGGUUGACAACAGUGACUUCCACACUGAUAAAACCAUCACAGCAGCCCCGGGGUCAAGUGGAGGUUCAGAGGUUGGUAUUGACAUCACAUUUGAGCCGUCUCGUCUUGGAGAGACAAGAGGGAACCUAGUCAUCAACUCCAGCAUGGGCGGAGAGUACAUCUUCCCUCUGUUUGGCACCUGUAUCCCACCCAAGCCUCAGGGUCCUUACAACAUCAAGGCCAACUCUACAACCUCUAUCCCAUUCCGUAACGUCUUCCCCCACACCACAGCAUUCACCUUCCAGGUGGAUAACCCGGCAUUCUCAUGCAAGCCAGGGGAGAGCAUCCGGGGGAAGAAACAGCAUAACAUCAUCGUUGGGUAUGAGGGUAACCCUGACCCCUCCAAGGCACCCAAAAUGGGUAAACUGGUUGUUACUUGUCCCAGAUCAGCUGGAGGGAACGCUAAUGUAGCCUGGACCUUUUAUCUCAAGGGUAUAACCCCUUAAACACCAACCACUUCAACUGUCAAAUUUGAGAAGUUAUAAAUCGCAACGCCAGUGCAAAAAACAUUGUAUCUUGAUGGUGCAAUAGCUUAAAAUCUUGCACAAAAAACUGCUUGGUGCCUAUUAGAUUUGGUAUAUACAUCCAGAUUUAUUUGUAGAGAUAAAACGUUUUGACACCUUUAAACUGGUGUGUAAUGAAUGCAGAUAUUUUUUCAAAGACUGAAUCUCCUAGGGGUUGUAUUUCAACAUAUUUUGACACAGAUGCUUUUUAUUUAAUUUAAUAGUUAACAUAAAUAAGAUUUCGUAAAAAGGUUUUAGCUGUCUAGAAAAAGGCAUUUCUUACAAUAGAAACUUACCAAUCUGUUUUAAAAUGACCGGCAAAAUAUAUGAAAGACAGUCAAAAAUUAUUAUUAUUUUGCAAACUUUUUCAGAAAGGUUUGAUCAACACAUUUCAUUCAACCAAUUCUUGCUAUCUCUAUGAAGCAAUUUUUUGUGAAGUGGGCAUGGCUAACAGUGAAUUUAUGUCACACUUUGGAACAGGAGCACAAUGAUAUCAUAUGCAUUCUCAACCGAUUAUAAUGUUGUUAUAAUGAAGUGUUGAAUUUAAAUAUUAUUUGUAGAUGUAUUUUUGAAGUGAUAUUACAGGAGUGUUCAAAGUGCUGUACAGGAAUAGCCAAAAAAUUACCAGAGUGUUGUGAAUAUGAAGUGCAUAAGACUUUCCCUAAAAAUGGUGAGGAAUGGGACGCCCUGUUAUAUUGAUGAGACCACCCUGAUAUUGAUGGGAAUUGUGUUUAAAAGUUUGGGACCAGCCAUUAGAUUGUAAAAUAUUGCUCCCUGAAUACCGGUAUUGGUGUAUGUUGUAAAUUAUAUCGUUUUUCAUGUAAAGAUAUUAAAGUUUGGAAUACAAUUUAUACAAUGUCACAAUUAAAUGAUUGAUCUAUGUAGAUAUUUUAAAAGUUAUUAAAGUUGCUUCAUACAGCACAGCCUGUACCAUCCGUCCAACAAAGUACAAUGUUAAGUUUAGAACUAAAAAAAUAAAAAAUAAUCAACUUUACAAUAAAAAUAUUUUCAUUAUAUUAAAAGGAUAGAUAAGAUUUAAAUUUCCGUCCAAGUAUUUUCCAUUCCACCUGUUUUCCUAUAUUAUUGACUUACCACUUUGUGAUGUAUUUUUAACAGACAAACUUGUAAACAAUGUGUGAUUUGAGUAAUUAAAUGAGUGCUUUUGUUUUAUCACAUGAA